GACUGGCAAUGGACCGCGGUCCUAAUAUAACAGUGUAAUGUCUCAUAUACAUGUACCUACAUGCAUCUAUAUAUUAUAUACAUUUAAUAAUCGUUUUAUUACCUACUAUGUCUAAGAUGUCUAAGAUUUUACUAUUUAUUGUUAUCGAUUACCAUUACGGCAUUACCUUAUGUUAUGGAGUAUGGACCCGGGUAUAAAUGUUUUAAUAUUAUAGGAAAUGGUUCGACUGCCGUUCCUGGUGCAUUAAAAAUCAAAACUUUUUCAUAUCAUUUUAUAUCAAUAGUUUGAUUAACUACUAACUACAACGCUCUGCCGUCAUGCGCCAGGCCGACAGGCGCCAGCAUCGAGCAUACAUAAUAGUGCCGUUUUCCGAAAACUAGUAUAGUUUACUCUGCCCAAUAUUGUUUAUUUUGUGCACUUACUAAUGAGCCCGAUUAUACACCGUGCUGCAUGUAAAAAUGUAAACCCUGUGUACCUUGGCGCCUGAAGUGACAAGUAUGACGAUGAACUGACCGAUAGAGACGAUACUAAAAGGAAAUCAAGAAACUUAAGCGAGAAGAAACGCAGGGAUCAAUUUAAUAACUUAAUCAAUGAAUUAAAUCGUAUGUUGUCCACGACCAAUAGAAAAAUGGACAAGUCCACUGUUUUGAGAACAACUAUAAAUUAUUUAAAUAAACAGAAAGAUAUAUUAUUGAGAUCAAAAGUACAUGAAAUAGACAAUGAUUGGAAGCCAGCAUUUCUAUUAAAUGAAGAAUUCACACAUAUAAUUUUAGAAGCUUUGGAUGGAUUCAUUAUAGUAUUUACAUCAUUAGGAAAGAUUCUCCAUGCAUCAGAAACUGUCACUGCUCUUCUUGGUUAUCUUCCGAAAACCAUGGAAAAUUUAUCAAUAUUUAAAAUAAUUCAUGAAGCAGAUCAUUCAUUGUUACAAGAUCGAAUUGUAGAAUCCAGACUUUCAAAGAAUUAUGAUAAUGAUCAAAUUGUGUUUUCUUGCCAUUGUAAGAGACAUGACCCUUUUAAAGAUAAAGAGGAAAUAAAUGAAAAAAAUCAAUUUGAAUUAGUGCAAUUUUUUGGUUAUUUUCAACCAAGUAGUGAAAUGUAUCAAGGGGACAAUCUUAGAACUUCGUCUCCAUUUAGUAGUGAAGAAGAUGACCAAAACCUAGUGUUUGUUGGUAUUGGCCGAAUUAUGACUCCACAGUUAUUAAAAGAAUUACCAGUUAUGGAGGAUAUAAAAAGUGAAUUCACCUCCAGACAUAGUUUAGAAUGGAAAUUUUUAUUCCUCGAUCAUAGAGGUCCGUCAAUUAUUGGCUAUAUGCCGUUUGAAGUACUAGGAACAUCUGGUUAUGAGUAUUACCAUAUCGAUGACUUAGAAGAUGUUAUAUUGUCACACCAAGCACUUAUGCUAAAAGGUGAAGGAACAUCUUGUUAUUAUCGGUUUUUAACCAAAGGUCAACAAUGGAUAUGGUUACAAUCAAGAUGCUAUAUAAGUUACCACCAAUGGAACUCAAAACCCGAAUUCAUUGUUUGUCAUCAUCAAGUCAUUAAUUAUUUUAAUGUAAUUAAAAAAGAAGGUGAGACUAAUGACGGAAGAAAAAAUAAUAAAAAAAGAUUAUGGCACAUUCCUUUAAAUGAAAUUGAACAUCAAUCAUCAAAUAGUGAUUAUGAUUCAUAUCAAAAGAGACAUUAUGAACAACCAAGUACAGACUCGCCAAAAAUGAAAAUUAGAUCCAUUGAAGAUAUUCGAAAUUCUAAUUCUGAUGGAGAGUCAUUGACAUUGGUAGAAAGUAAACAUGAUGUUUCUGAAACAUUCAACAAUUAUUUAGAAAAUGCACAAUCUUCAGUAAAAGGCUCAGUUUCUCCAUCACAGGAAAAUCUUAUUCAAGAUCAACUACAACGUAAACAAGAGCAAUUACAAAAAACAAUUGUCAAACAACAGGAAGAACUAAAGAAAAUAACUAAACAAUUAUUAAUGGCUCGAUGUGGAAUUUUGCCAACAUUUAUGGAUGAUUCUUUACAAACAUCCACACAAACUUCCGAGCAAACACCUCAACCAGAGACUUCUGUAAAUCAAAUGAUUUGUUCCAAUACUAGUGGAGAACUUUUUGAAACACGUCCAUUAAUAUCAUCUGAUGUUUUAUUAUUACAUGAACGAAAUGAACAAGUUAUGCAGCAUUCCUAUUCAUCAAAUAUAAUACAGAAUAUGGUCGAUGAGGGAGGAGGACAAUUGGAUUAUAGUUAUAGUAAUCAGUCUAAUGAUGUUCUUUUUGAACAAAGUUCUCCCUGAAAGUCAUAACAAUUUCAAAGGUACAUAGUUUAAUUUUUCUUGUAUAUUUCUUUAAUGAUUAGAUGUUAAUACAUUUGUUCAACGCUCAAUGACUUUUUAGUAUGAUAGAAUAUAAAUAACGAAGUGAGUGAUCAUUUUAUUGCAAAUUACCAAAUAUGUAUUUUUUAAAAAAAAUAAUUGUAUAAAGGGUUUUAAUUAUUAAUUCUUGAAUACUAAAUUAUCAUUUAUCUUUAGUUUUUUAAUUAUUUUUACAUUUUUUGUAAGUUAUAUACCAAGUGGACCACUGUUUUACUACAAGGUUCACAUAGGAAAAAACAAAUAUGAUUUCCUAAUAAUUAGGAGUGUAAUUAUUAUAUUUUAUAGAAAAAAUAGUAAAUUAUGAAUUCCAUAUGUGAUCUCUUAAUGAUUUUGAAACAUAAAAUCAAGAAUAUCCUUAUGAAGUUCCAUCAAUGGAUACUUCACAAACCCCCUGUCAGAAAUGUUGUGAAUUGUAUUUAUUUAAUUAAAUUUUUUCUAAUAUUUUUUUUUAUAAAUCCACAUUGCUUGUGCUUGCUGUAAAAAUAUUCCUUUACUGAUUAUACAGUAAUUGGAUUAAAAAUAAUAAUAAUAAUAAUAUCUUAGUAUGCUACAACAAUUAAUAUUUAUAUUUAGAAAAAUGCUAUUUUUUAUCCAUUCAUUGGAAACUUCAGAUAUUUAUUUUGUCAACGAGAAAACUAAUAAUUAAGUGAUCACUUAUGUUCAUUUAUACUUUUAAACCUUAAUUAUGUUUAUAACUUUUGAUUUAAAUAAUUAUUAUGUUCAUAACAUUUAAAUUCAAACAAUUUAGAAGACUUAAACUAGCUGACUGCUUAAUUGUAAAUAUUAUAUUAAACUUUUUGCUCUAAUUUCUUCAUACAUUUUUCUAAAUUUAAAUGUAACCAGCUAUAUUUUUUGUACAUAUUUAUUUAUAUAAAUUUUUUUCAAUUAUUUAGUAGGCAAAUCACGUUAUUUGAAAAAAGAUGUUCCUCUUUGUAGGUUCUGUUGUGGUUCCUUUGUUCUCGUACCUGUGUUGGUCUUUGCAGUAAUAGUUAUAAUUACAUACACAAAGACUUAUCUAUUUUGACUCUUAGGUUUUGAAAAAAUGUAUCUGUCAAUUAAACACUGUUAGUCAUAACUCACAAGUGUACAUUACUUAAUACAUGUAUUUUUUAUGAUUAACAUUGGGUGCUAUUGAAUAUUCUUAUGUUAUAAUUUUUUAUUUUAUUUAUUUGUAGUUACUUUUGUGAAUAAUAAUACAUUCAUUUUUAUACAUUAACAUUUCAUACGCCUUUUUAGUUUGUAUUAGUGACAAUACAAUAAUGUCUUAUAUAAAAUACAUACACAUUUGGACUUAAGUAUAAAAUAACCCAAGACAUUUUAAGAUUUAUAGAAUAGUAUAGGAUAUGUUUACUUGAUUUGUGUGUUUAAAUUGGUUAUUGGUUUAUAUGUAACAUAUUGGUGUGUACAGUAAAAAUCACUUAGUAGGUCACCUGAAUGAGCUGGAUAAUUUUGUUGUUAGCCAUAUAGAAAUAUAUAUAAAUACAAGUAAACAAUUCUCGUUUGUUUUUAUAAUAAUUAAUAAUUAUACAUACAAUCAUUAAAUGCAAUGUACUUUAUUUAUCAAAACUGUAAAUGCAAUAAAUAAUUUUUAUUAUGAUUCAAAGGAUAUUAAUUUUUGUAUUAUAUUAACUGAUUGGUCAUAUAUUAAAUUAUCCUAUAAUUUGAGUCUAUACAUAUAAUAUACUUUUGACUGGACUAAUAAAAAUUAAAUUAUGUGAUUUUUAUUGUAUAUAUAAGAUAUGUAGUGAUUUACAAUGUGACAUUUACUAUUUAUUUUGUGGUACCUAAUCUGUGUAUUUUAGUCAGUAAAUAAUUUUUAAUAUUU